AUGUCGAAAAGCCCCUUCAUAAAGGUUCCACUUACGACGGACAAGGACGGCGUGUUUAUGGUUCUCGAAAGUAGCGACGAGGCCACCAAAAAGGAUCAACUCCUUGCAAAACGGGAGUCUCAAAACCGCCUAGUUGUCCAACAAAUCUACCUCAUCUCCCUUCUGACUCAAAAUGGGUUUGAUGUCUUGCUUGACAAACCCCACAAGAAAAGCACAGUCUCUCUGCAAACACUCCCCAUCCAUUCAAUUCGUUACAACAAUGAAGUUUUGUGGAACACUGACACACUCAAACUCGAUAGACAGACAGCCAAAGAGCGAAAAGUCUACAUUGAAACACUCACUAACAACUUGAUGAUCACUUUGUUAAAGCAAACUGGAGUUGAUAUCAGAGAGCGACAAACCAGACGCGGUACAAAGACAUCUUUCAUUCAGCUCAAGCGCGUCGAUUCUCUGAUUUGUGGUGGCUUUGUGUUGGAUCUCACGUCGAUUACCCAACACGCCCGAGUUCUCUACAAUUACUUGCAGGAGAACAUGACUAAAGAUGGCAUCCUUAUUGCAAAAUUCGACAAAAAGAUCAAAGAACUGCUUAUGCCUGCGUUUACUCCACUCCUCAACGAGUCACUUUUCAAGCCCUGCCUCAAGCAAAUCGUCAUGGAUGAGUACUCCUCUGAACUCACGUCCGAUUCGUCGUGUGUGUGUUGA